AUGGGAGACCAAGGUGGGUCUGUUUCUGCUGCAGAGUUUCAGGAAAUGCGCGAACAAAUGCGCCAAUUGACACAACAGCUACAAGCACUGCAAAAUAAUCUGCGCCAUGCACCACAUAUGGAGGAUGAAAAUGAUGACGGAGAACAUGUAGAGGACGAUGAUCCUGCUGCUUUGGAGGCUGAGGCUGCACGUCUUCGGGCUGAGGCCGCACGUCGUGCCGCUGCAGGAGGCGGUGGCCGUGGACGUGGUGCUGGUGGUGGUCGUGGUGCUGGGUUCGGUCGUGCACGUCGUGUUCCUAUUAUUGGGGCUGCAGCUUUUGAUGGUGAUGCUGAUUUUGGAUAUCAAGAGGACCAUCACGCAGGCCACCAUGGUCACCGUGGUGGUUACGAUGAUCGUGGAGGUGGUCACUUUGGUGCUUUUGGUGACCAUCAAUUUGGUGGUAAUUAUGGAUAUCGUGAUAGGCGUCGCGGUGACCCAGACCGCCGCCGAGAUGAAGAUGGUUUGGGUAAAGUUAAAGUAUCCAUACCUGCAUUUAACGGAAAAGAAAAUGCUGAUUCUUAUUAUGAGUGGGAGACAAAGGUGGAACAAAUAUUUGAUUUGUAUGAGUACCCUGCUGAGAAGAAGGCAAAGCUGGCAGCACUUGAAUUCAAAGGUUAUGCCAUCACGUGGUGGAAUCAAGUCCGUGUAGAAUACCAUCGUGUGGGACAUGAUCGUAUCACUUGGGAAGACAUGAAGAGGGAAAUGAGACGUCGUUUUGUUCCUGCAUAUUAUUCUCGUGACUUACAUUUACGACUGAAACGUCUUGUGCAAGGUGAUCGCAGCGUUGAUGAGUAUUUUCAAGAAAUGGAAAUGUGCCUCCUUCGCACAGGUAUCACUGAGGAUGAGGAAUCCAUGAUGGCUCGUUUUUUGGUUGGCCUAAAUAAGCCAAUUGCUAACAAAGUGGACAUGACCAGCUAUACCAAUCUCACGGAGUUGGUACAUUUUGCAAAAAGGGCAGAACGCCAACUUGCUGAAUCUUAUAAGACUCGUGUUUUUCCAGCUGCUAACAAUACUACCCCUUGGCGUCAUCCACAACAGCAAGGUUCAGGUUCAAACACACCUUCCUCGCGAACACCUUUCACACCUCGUGCCGCUUCUACACCAACAAAACGGAAUGAGGUAAAAGAAAAAAAUAAGACAAGUAAAAUUGAAUGUUUUAAGUGUGGUGGUCAUGGGCAUAAGCAAGCAGAAUGCCCCAAUCGACGUGUUAUUUUAGCACUUGCAGAUGGUUCUUAUGAUUCACAAAGUGAGGAGGAGGAUGGCAACCAUGACACAGAUCCACAGGAUCAUUCUUUGGUGGUACGUCGUGUUCUUUCAACACAAUUCGUUGCAGCUGAACAAGGGCAGCGCCAUAACUUGUUUCAAUCACGGUGCAAAGUCAAAGGACAGGUUUGCCGGUUCAUAAUUGAUGGUGGGAGCUGUAACAAUAUUGUUAGUGCCAUGCUUGUUGAAAAGCUUGGUUUACAAACACGCCGGCACCCACAUCCGUACCAUAUGCAAUGGUUGAAUAAUUCUGGAACCGUGAAGGUAUCCUCCAUGGUCAGGUUAUCAUUCUCUAUUGGUGACUAUCAUGAUGAGGUGGAUUGUGACAUUGUCCCAAUGCAAGCAUGCCACUUACUUUUGGGUCGUCCAUGGCAAUUUGAUAAGAAGGACUUUGAGGAUGUGUUUCCGGAUGAGGUACCAGCUGGCCUUCCUCCAAUACGUGGAAUUGAGCACCAAAUUGAUUUGGUACCUGGUGCUUCCCUUCCAAAUCGCCCAGCAUACCGUACAAACCCCGAUGAAACAAAAGAAAUUCAGCGACAGGUAAAAGAACUUUUGGACAAAGGGUACGUUCGAGAAUCUCUAUCUCCUUGUGCUGUUCCAGUACUUUUGGUCCCUAAGAAAGAUGGUUCUUGGCGCAUGUAUCGUGUUGUUUUUCUUGGUUUUGUUGUGACUGCGCAGGGCAUCCAAGUUGAUGAAGAGAAGAUCAAAGCGAUAAAGGACUGGCCUACACCCAAAAAUGUGAGCCAAGUUCGAAGUUUCCAUGGGCUUGCAGGUUUUUAUCGCAGAUUUGUCAAAGAUUUUAGCACAAUAGCUGCACCAUUGAACAAUUUGACAAAGAAGGACGUUCCAUUCAAGUGGGGAGCUGAACAGGACCGAGCCUUCGAAGAGCUCAAAAGAAAACUUUGUGAAGCACCACUGCUACAACUACCAAAUUUUGGUAAGACAUUUGAAGUUGAGUGUGAUGCAAGUGGUAUUGGCAUUGGGGGUGUGCUAAUUCAAGAGGGUAAACCCAUUGCUUACUUUUCUGAAAAAUUAAAUGGUCCACAUCUGAACUACUCUGUCUAUGACAAAGAGCUUUAUGCCUUAGUUCGAGUUUUAGAAACAUGGCAGCAUUACUUAUUUCCUAAGGAGUUUGUCAUACACUCUGAUCAUGAAGCUUUAAAAUAUCUCAAAAGUCAAGGUAAGCUGAACCGCAGGCAUGCAAAAUGGAUUGAGUUCAUUGAAACAUUUCCAUAUGUUGUAAAGCAUAAGAAAGGUAAAGAUAAUAUUGUUGCAGAUGCUUUGUCGAGAAGAUGUUGGGAAAAAUUCUAUGUGCACGAUGGAUUGUUAUUUCGAACUAACAAGCUAUGCAUCCCAGCUUGCUCUGUUCGACAUGUUCUUUUGCAGGAGGCACAUGCUGGUGGCUUGGCUGGCCAUUUUGGUGUGAAGAAGACCCUAGACAUGCUUGCUGACCACUUCUUUUGGCCACAUAUGAGACGUGAUGUCCAGCGACAUGUUGAGCGUUGCAUAACAUGCUUGAAAGCUAAGUCCCGCCUUAAUCCACAUGGUUUAUACAUUCCAUUACCAAUUCCAAAAGUACCUUGGGAAGAUAUAUCCAUGGAUUUUAUUUUGGGGUUACCACGGUCUCAGAGGGGGAGCGAUUCCAUUUUUGUUGUUGUUGAUCGUUUCUCUAAGAUGGCACAUUUUAUUCCAUGUCAUAAGAACGAUGAUGCUUCACAUGUUGCUGAUUUAUUUUUCAGAGAAAUAGUUCGUUUACAUGGAGUGCCCAAGACUAUUGUUUCAGAUCGGGAUGCCAAAUUUCUUAGCUACUUUUGGAAGACAUUGUGGGGUAAACUUGGCACCAAAUUGUUAUUUUCUACCACUUGUCACCCGCAAACAGAUGGCCAAACUGAGGUUGUCAACCGUACUCUAUCAACAAUGUUGCGGGCUGUGCUAAAAAAGAAUUUGAAGAUGUGGGAACAAUGUCUCCCACAUGUCGAGUUUGCUUAUAACAGGGCAGUACAUUCAACAACAAAUUUUUGUCCUUUUGAAAUUGUUUAUGGUUUUAAGCCACAUACACCCAUGGAUCUUUUGCCCUUACCUCUAGUGUGGCUACAUUUGCCCAAGGAUCGUUUUCCUCAGCAGUGCAAGAGUAAGUUAUCACCUCGAGGAGAUGGUCCAUUCAAGGUUCUUGCAAAGAUAAAUGAUAAUGCUUACAAACUAGAGCUCCCUUCUGAAUAUUCCAAUGUGAGUGCAACAUUCAAUGUCAAAGACUUGCUUCCAUUUGUCGGUGAGUCUGAGUCGAGGACGACUCCUUCUCAAGAGGGGGAGGCUGAUGAGGUCGUCCCUAGCAUCGACAAUAAUAUUAUUAAGAAUAAGGAUGCAACUAAUAUUGUUGGUCCAGUUACACGAAAGCGGGCUAAACAAUUAGAGAAGGAAAUUCAUUCCCAGGCGGGCGGCUUCUUCCUGCUCCCGCACAGCCUCCGUGCGAAUGCCCUCCAGGGCCUCCCGCUCCUCCUCCAGAGCAUGCCGCUUGUUCUCAUUGACAGCGCGCGCCGCAGCGACGCGAGCCUCAAAAAGGCGCCUGCCCUCAGCAAGCUGCUCCCUCUCCACGGCAAGGGCGGCGCGGCGCGGCUCGCCUCAAGCUACGUCAUCUCCCCUGCCACGGCCGCCUCCAGCCGCCCGAUCACCUCCUGGGCGCUCCCUAGCACGACUGGGAGGGGGUCGGCAGGCACCGCCCAUGACGAGGUCGUCGGCCCCACGCUCGACGCGCUCGAGGCGGGCUCAGCCGGCGCCGGUUGCUUGGGCGCGGCCGCUGCCACCCGCUCGGGGCUGGGCGGCGCCUGUGGCUCUGUCUCGGCCGGCGCGCUCAGUGGCUCCGGCUCCACUGGAGCGCUCGGCUCAGGCGCACUCGGCUCGGGGGCUGGAGCCAGCCUCGGCACCUCUGGCCGUCCUUGGUCUCCGGAGGCGCUCGUAGGUGGCCUGCAAAAGAAGAACGAGCUUGGACUUGAAAUGGUUUCGGAUGGUCUUCUUGCUAACCUGGAGAUCAAGUCCACCCUUCUGGAUGAAAUCAAGUAA